CGUCAAAAUAAUAACAACAAACGCGCGUUUGAUCUCUGGCCCAGCUUCAGGUAAAUGUGGUAAUUUGUGUGGGGCAUGUGAACGAAAAUCUAAACUAAAAAUAUGAGUGGUAAACAGCAACCGAAAAUUCUGCUCAAAACUCGGUCCACCGAUGAUCCUGCAGCGGGCCCUUCCGUAUCCACCCCCAGAAGAACUCCGACCAUCUUGGCCAGUACCACACCACAGAUCGUCGGCACAUCCAAGGGGUCCGAAUCUAGGCAUGCAGCAUCCGCUAAAUCAAUGCCGGCUACGGCAGCCCCCGAUCCGUACAGCUACACGCCGAUGGAGGGGUCCUUGGUGCUGCUGAAGAAUCACAACGCGAUCAACUAUCGCACGCUGGAUUUUCUACACGAGACCAAUCAGGAUUACGUCGUAAUCGGAACUAUCGGCAUGCCCGGCGUUGGUAAAUCGAGCGUGUUAAACUUGCUCAAUACAAAUCUUUACGCGCCCGAUCAAAGCGACAACAGAAAGGAAAGCAUCUUUCCCGUGCACAGUACAAUUAACGUUGCGGGCGAAAAUGAAGUGCGGAUGCACAUCACCGAGGAUCGGUUAAUACUGUUGGACUGUAGCGAGCCGGUGUUUGGGCACGCGAGAAAAGACUUCAUUCAGAACGAGCAAGAUGAGCUGAAGAAGCUGAUGAUUUUGCUCCGUAUUUGUCACGUCAUUCUGGUGGUGCAGGAAGAAUAUUACAACAUCCGGCUGAUGCGUACCCUGAUGUGGGCAGAAAUGAUGAGCCAGGUACAUUCCGCCCAGCCCACCAAGCUUGUGUUCAUCCGGAACAAGGUAGUGCCGCACGGCACCAGUCACGAUUCCCGCGAACGGAUGAUCAAUCUGUACCGGCAGAUGUUUCUUAACGUGGCGUCGUUUUCCGUGACGAGCGCCAGCUUUAGCGGUGACUCCGGAGCACAGGAGGAAAUGUUCAAUUAUGUAGAAUUUCCCCGCAUAGAAAAAGGUGAAACGGUGAGCAUUCCGGAACAUUUGAAGGAAACCAUACUGUCGCUACGGCAGAUCGUGUACGCUGGACGGGAAAGUAUAAUGGCACGCAAUUGCUCGGAAAAGGCAUGGGGCCAAGCGCUUGUAAAGCUAAUCGAUUGCCCGGAGGGUAACUUUUUCGUCGACAAGUACGAAAAGCUGAAGGAAAAGUACAACCUUCACAAUCAUGUAAAAAUUACGGAAAAUCAAUAUCGUGAUCAGACAUCGCUACAUUUUGUGGAAUAAAACUAAUGCAUCCUCAGGAAACCCCAUUAA